AUGGAUCAGGCGACUCAUCAUUUCCAACAGUGUGUAACUCAAGUCGAUGUGGAACAUGAGAGCGCUCUUCACGUAACCUGUAUAGCAGUGGAGACUCCACAAACAGUUCCCCCAAGCACGGCUGGCUUUCUUUCUGGCGGUAGCCAACAGCUUAGGAGUAUUACUACAUGCAACGACGAGGAUAUGAAGCGUAGCAAAGGGGCACCUGAUACUCCCAGGAACUUGACCUCUACAACCCUGAAUUGCCUGGAGACACUGAACACCAAUGCGGUCGGCAUCGACACCACCCAAAGUCCCCUAGCAAGCUCAGUGGAUGCAAACCCACAAAGACUUUGGGACACACCGGACCGGUACAUAGAUUAUAAAAAGCAAUCGACUAAAACAAAAGCUCCACAUUCUGUGGAGGCGAUCGCACGGGGCGCUUUGCGCGAAGAUCUCGAGCAGUUCCUGGAGCGAUGCUGGGACUCUCUCUAUCUAGACGAACUGUAUGAAACCGGGACCAACGUUUUAGGGAUUUACGCUCUCAAAGAACUGGCGUCCGAUAAGGGACCAUUCCGUUCGCUGCGAAUGUCUGUCGCUCUCCUGCGUAAUCAUAUUCACUUUGAAGGAAUCUUAAGUAACGAGAAACGUCUCCUGGAGAGUGGCAUCCAGGUGCGCAGAGGCCGCCAAAAGAACGUGGAAAUCGCAUAUGAUAAGUACCUAGAGGAGACAUGCUCAGUGCCGCCGCCUGACAACAAGGCUCAGGAGAGAAGAAAAUGUAAACUUAGGGACCAGCGGCGUUACGCGAACCGAUGGCUCACUCUAAUCAACGGGGUGCCUUGCUGUAAGCGUAAGCCCGCUGUCCCCGGACUCGGACCGGGGUUAUUACUUGUAUGCAGCGAUUGGCUAGCGAAUACCGUGUAA